UAACGUUAAACAUGGUCGCUACAUUUUGGUAUUUAAAACUUCCUGUUUCGAUUUUGUAACACGAUUUUUAUAAGCAGUAGUCACGUGAGUCGGCGAUCAGUUGGGUGUAUCGUUAUUCUGUACAAAGUCGCCAUUUACAGCGGUAAGAAGGAUUAGAAUUUGUUUAUUGGACUAUUAUAUGCAUAGUUAGUGAUGAAUGUACAAACAGAAUACUUCGCGCGGCUUCUGUUUGUCCUUUUACAGUGUGGAAUGUUAAUCUGUAGAGGCGUCACAGAUAGAGAAAUGGCUGGUUCUAGGCUAGAUGUGAUUUUGAAAUCGCAUGAACAAAAACUAAAGAAGAAACUUUUAAGGUGUCAAUAUGUUUUAUUGUUUCCUAAAAGUGGAACACCAGACAUCAAAGAUCUUGACCUGUCCCUGUUAACUGUUGUAUUAUUGGAUGUACUGAGUCUUACAAAAAUGGACAAACAGUACGUAAGGGUUAUAAAGGAUACCAGAAACAAACUUUCGCAUAAUUCUACUGCAACCCUUACGGAAACAGAUUAUAAAACCAUUAAAAUCAAUCUGGAACAUGCUUUGACAAAGUUGGCAUUAGGUCUUGAUGUAACAAAACAGACUGAAUGCUCACAACUGAUACAAAAGCUCACAAAGGAACCACUUGAUGAAGCAGCAGCUUUGGUGUAUGUUAAACAGUUGAGAAAUGACGACGAAUUGAUACAAAAUUUUGAAGGCAUGUUAGGAAAACAGUCAGAGGACAUUGAGCAAGUAAUAAAAGCAUCUGAGAGUAGAAUCCAAGUUUCACUGUCAGAUAUGGAAGAACGUUUUUCAACAGAGUUGAAGAACAUACACACUGGAUACAUUUCAGAGGAUUUUACAUCCUGCAAAUCUUCUGAGAGCUUUUCUCCUUGCGACAAAUGUUUUCAAGAUGAUAUAAGUAAACCCUCUACAUUUUAUUGUGAAGAUUGCUCCAUGUUUCUAUGUUUAAAAUGCAACACAAAUAUUCACAAAGUCGAACCAGGUCAUAGAUCUCAAAGAAUUGUCAGAGGUAAAACAACACAAAUAGAUACAAAGGGUAGUGAUGUAUGUCAUGAACAUAAAAGAAAUCUAGCAUAUAUUUGUGAGUCAGACAAUGAACUUUGCUGUGAAAAAUGCCUUAAAGAUAAUCAUCAACAAUGUGAAACAGUCACUACCAUUUCUGAUAGUAUUUUUGAGCUGAAUUUUAAUCCGGUUAUGGAAAUAUCUCGGCUUCAAAAUGAAUCACUUCUCAUUACGGAAUGGUUGUCGUCUGUUGAGUCAGAAGUGAAUAAAGAUGUGGAUAGUAUUGCUUCAAGGUUAGAAGAUCUUAAAAAUGAUUUAUUAAAAGCGUUCGAUGAUGAAAAACGUAAAGUGACAGAGAAGGCUGAAUUGGCGAAAAGAAAUACAAUGAAACAAAUAUCGACAAAAAGAAAGUCAUGUGAAGAGUUUUAUGAUAAAACAAAAAAAGCAAGGUUACAACUAAUCAAUAUGACAAAAUGUGGGACAACACGCCAGAAAGUGAUUGCACAAUAUCAAAUGGAGAAAUUCAGAAACACAUUUAAAUCCUUAAAAGAUAUAUCCGUUGUUUCUUUAAAGUUUGGAUCUUUUAACAUUCCAGAUCAAAUUCUUCAACAGCCCGCAUCCGUACCAUCAUAUCAUGUAGAUGCUCCAGAAACUAGGCCAGUACGAAUGCAACAGAUCAGCCAAGCCAUAAACAAAGAAAGUGAAAGAACAAUUCUAUUUACAGGUCUUGAUUAUUUGCCUGAUGGAAGGCUGGUUGCUGUGGAUAAUAAACACAAGACAUUUCUUGUAUUGAGUGAUGGACUUGUUACGUUAGGAACGUAUGCUUUUGAACAGUAUCCAAUGUGCAUUGUUGUAAUAUCUGAGGAUGAAGUGGCUGUAACAAUGGGAAAUGUGAGAAGGAUAAUUUUUCUACAUGUUAGUCAAUCAAACAAGAUAUCUUUACGUAAAACCUUGGGAGUAAAGUUACCAUGUUUCUCAAUAUGUUUAAAGGAUGACAGACAUUUUGUUGUUGGAAAUUUUAGAACUCUCAAGUCUGCCUGUAUUGUUUCUCUGACAGGAGAAGAAAAAGAUUUAAAGUUAAAGUUCCCACGCAGGAAAUUUGAAGCGGGUUUUACGUUUUGUACAUACCUAGCAUAUAGAAAUAAACUUGUUCUUAGUCAAAGUAAAGAGGACUCUGUCACCAUAUAUGAUAUUGGAACUAAUACAAGUGUUAUUGUAAAGAAUGACAAGAUAAAAUAUCCAAAAGGCGUGGCGGCAGGCCCAUUUGAUUGUAUCUUUGUGUGUUGCAUGUAUUUAGGAAGCAUUGUACAGAUUUCUCCUAAUGGAUUAGUCAUAGCGUCUCAUACAGUUGGUGUGAUAAGGCCUUACAACUUAUGUUUUUCAAAAGACAAAGCUACACUUGCAGUUUUUAAUUCUGACAAGGGAAAUUAUAGUAUACACGUGUUUAAGGUCGAUGUCUUCAGUAAUUAAAGUUAUAUUGCAAUAGACAAGUACGAACAAAUUUACAAACUUGAAAUAAAAUUGGAACAUUGGAACUUUUGGACCAAUUUUGCAGCAGAAUAUUCAUAUUGAACUUAGGAAUGAAAGUGUGAAAAUUGAGUUUGAAAA